UUUAUUAUGAAAAUGCAUGAGUACGCAACCUUUUUCAUCGAUCAUUUUUUUCUCUAUAAAUACAGCAUUUGGGACACUCGCCUUAUUUGUGCAAAGCAUAAACUUGUAUCAAUAACUACACUUAUAGUAUAAGAAAACAAUGGCGUCGGUGCAGCAGCAAGCUCAUGGCGAGAACCAAUUAUCUGACAAGGAGAAAGCAUCAAUCGGAGAGGCAAUGAAGGAGGCAAAGUCGUUGGCAAAAAACAUGAAUACAAAGGCGGCGUCAAAUCAAGAUGUUCUGACUACGGUGAUUGGCGUUAUGAAGAAUCUCUGCUCUAUCGAAAUUGAGCGUUUGGGAGAAGAAUGGAACUGGCUGGGAUCAUUCCAGGAUCCACCUCCACAGAAAAUUGAGAAAAAUGGUAUUGGUUCGUUUGCGCACACAAGUCCGCCUGGCCAGUACCGGUGCAGCGGUGCAUUUAAGUAUUGUUCUGUUUCUGGCUCAAAUCCUCAACUUGGAUGGAUCUUGGCUUGGGAGAAGUAUAGGACCUCAACAAUUUAUGGAAAGGUGUACGUGGAAGCUGGGAGUCUAGACAGGAUCAAUAAGCUAGUGAAGAGUGACAUUCAAAAGAAACUAGCUGCAUCCGGCACUACUAGUCGAUACUGGGAUAGCGACACAGGUGCUUCCGUCGUUGCUGAAAUCAGUGACUGGGAAAUUCCCGGAGGUUUGAUUGCUGUCAGCUUUGAUCAAAAGUGAAUUCGGACAAAAACUAAGACAUGUGAUUAAAUAAUCCGUUUUCUAUAUCAAGCACCUAUUAUAUACUCGUACUACUACGUAUAAUAUGUACACCAUGUUGCUAGAUUGCUAGCUUAUAUAGUGGAAUAAAUAAACAACGCCAUGGUUUUGUACUGUCGCAAAA